AUGACGAGAUACAAUCUCAUCAGUAUAAAUAUUUGCAAGUAUGUUAGCAGAGAAAUCCUCGAGAAUAGGCAAAAAGUGUGCAGACUUAGUCAAACGGUUGAUGAUUACCCAAAUGGUAUCAUGACCUCUAGAAGUGCGUGGGAAUUUAGUGAUGAGAUCCAUGACAUUGUUCUCCCACUUCCAUACUGGAACUUCUGGUUGUUCAAGCAACUCGGAGGGCUGUUGGUGUUGUGCCUUGACUUUAAGGGUUUUGUGGCGAAGCCGGAGACUCUACCUGAUGGUACGGUUAAUUUGAUGAUUUGGAGUUGUAUCAUCCAUGAUACAGCUCCUGUUUGUGCUCAUAUGUUUUUGUCCGAGCUCAAGAAGAAUAUUCCAUUUUCUGUGUCAUACUAUACUCUUACGACAAAGGAAUUAGAAGACAAUGGAUACAUUCAUGAUCAACUAGGUUUUCUUUCAACUCUUCCCGCUCCAUCUGGAAAGCCCGUUCACGAAAUCGUGGGAGUUGAUUGUGAAAUGUGCAUCACCAAUGAGGGGUUCGAGCUCACAAGAGUAACGCUGAUAGAUUACAAAGGACAGGUUCUGUUGGAUAAAUUGGUUAAACCAUCAAAUGCAGUUACUGAUUACAACACCAGGUACAGUGGAAUAACAAGUGCGAUGAUGGAUCGAGUCACAACCACCCUUAGAGACGUUCAGGAAGAUUUUCUACAACUUGUUAACAAGGAAACAAUUUUGGUUGGACAUUCGUUGGAGAACGACUUAUUAGCUUUAAAGGUCUCUCAUAGUUUGGUGAUCGGCACUACUGUUUUAUACAAGCAUUCACGUGGAGGAACGUACAAAAUUGCUCUUCGUGUGCUUACUAGAAAAUUCCUCUCUAGAGAGAUACAAGAUUCACAAAACGGGCAUGAUAGUAUCGAGGAUGCAAAAGCUGCAAUGGAUCUAGCCUUCUUAAAAAUCAAACAUGGUAAAUCUCUUAAUGGAAUUAUUGCUGAAAAUGAAAGAGGUGAUGCACCCCCUGGUAGUCGUUUUAGCGCUGUCAUUGAGAAGAUUGAACGGUUAUACAUGGGUAAAAACAGUAGUGAUGAGGAAGAUCUUAAUGAUGGUCCUAAUGAUGAUGAGUAUGAUACUAAAGAUUCCUUUAUUGAUGACGCUGAAUUGGUUGGUGAAACUACUCUUUCAUUUUGUUAUUGCAGUAUUGUUUAA